CAAUGACCGACGGUCCCUCAUAACCGGGAAUUGAUCGAAUUGGUCGCUGGAAGGACAAUCGAAAUGUCGUUCAUUCCACACUCAAACCUCGUCAGGCUGCUCUAAUUCUGGCUCUCGCCCAGAGGACAAACAAAUUUCAAAAUGAGCGAGCCUCAAGAUCCCAGAAUACGAACUAAGGCAGCGGUCAUGCAGCAUUUGCAACGACAAGCCGACGCUACAUCGCUGGAUGAUGGAGCGAGGCUUAAAGGCAAAGUUGGGAUCAUCACCGGUGCUGGGCAUCCGAAAGGUAUUGGGUAUGCAACUGCUCGACUCAUGGCUAGGCAAGGUGCCAACCACCUCUACCUCCUGGAUUAUAUCAUGGACAACCUCCCGAGUCUAGCGAAAGACCUACAGAAUGCUUUCCCCAAAACGAAAGUCACCCACGUCCAAGGUGAUGCUGGAUCCUCAAAAGUCAUCUCUGAGCUCGUCAAUAGGGUGAUGAAGGAAGAAGGACACCUCGAUUUCUUUUUUGCCAAUGCCGGUGUCAUUUCGCCUCCAAAUCCCGAGGCAGAGAGUCGAUCGGCCUUUCAGGGGAUGAAACAGGCUGUGAGGGAUUGGCACGUUUCGGAUAGGGACUUCAUGGAGGUCAUGCGGAUCAACACCUUGAGCGUAUACCUGGCUGUAAAGUACGCUUCUCCAGCCAUGGCGAAGCUGUGCCCGUCCAAAGGCAAACACAUCCCUGGAGGAUCUAUCAUCCUCACUGCCUCGGUCGCGGGUCUCAAAGCCAAUGCCGGUCCUAUUCCUUAUUCAGCAUCCAAAGCUGCCGUCGUGUCUAUCGCACAGACGUCGGCAUCAGCUCUGACAGGUCAGAACAUCCGAGUCAAUGCGAUAUGUCCAGGGUUGAUAGAUACGGAUAUGCCUAAGGGAAUCUUCUUACUAGCUGAGGCGAAGGGCGUCUCACACGAGAUUGGCAAGUAUAACCCUCUGUUGAGAGCUGGAAUCGCAUCAGAGAUUGCACCGGUCGCUGCCUUCCUAGCUUCAGACGACUCCAGCUAUAUCAACGGACAAGCUAUCCCCAUCGAUGGAGGAUUAUCUAGCUCUUUGCCGUUUGUACCUCCAAAAUUGUAGACAUGACGCUCCGAGCAGUCUGAAACCUCUAGAUCAUCAUGUAUACAUCUCUUCAGUCCC